AUGCCACGUACUACUCGUUCAUCUAAUGCCAUGAAGCAACCUCAAGGCAUCGAGGUACCUCAGCGUCGCUCAGCUGCAGAUGUGCAAGCAACCAGGGAACAAGAGAAACAGGUAAAGGCGGAAGAAAAGGAACGACAGAAGCUUCAGAGGGAGGCUGCAAAGGAGCAGCAGAGGCUCGAAAGGGAGGCUGCAAAGGAGAAACAGAGGCUCGAAAGGGAGGCUGCAAAGGAGGAGCUGGUUCGCCAGAAGGUAGCUGUGAAGGAGAAGCAGGUACGUGAGAGAGAGGCUGUAAAGAAGGAGCAAGCACGGGCCAGGUUAGCUGCGAAGGAGAAACAGGCCGAGGAGAAGGCUGCAAAGGCACAGAAAAGCCACAAGAAACCAUCUUCGGAAGUCGAUGAUGAAGGCAGCAAGAUCAGCGAGUCAGAUGAUAAAGGUUCUCUUCUUACCGACUUAGAAUCUGGGGUAAGCGAGAAUGACCGGCCGAAGAAGAAGGCGAAAAAAGCGAACUUCAAGAUGAGAACGAUGAUCAAAGACAUACGACAGCAGCCAGCCAGGCCUGCUGCAGCAGAACCAUCUGAUGACAGUUCAAGGUCAGAAGGUGAUGACGACAAGACUCCUGUCAAGCAGGAGGUGAGCCGUGGACGACGUAGGACUGAUCUACCGGCAUCUGGCGAAAGAAUUUCAUCACAGAAGAAUUCAGAACCCACCACUGGUACUGUCAAGAACUGGGCGACAAACCUUUCCACCUGGGGCACUCAGCCAAAAGCACUGAGUCACGCGCGUUCUUCUACAAGUGCAGUCGCUCGUUCAAAACCUCCUAUAUCAUUUGAAAAAGAGUUAUCGCACUCUCCUGAGCCCAAGAGCAAGCACGAACUAAAUGCAAUUAAUCUUCAUGGCUAUCUUGGCAACGAGGACGAAGGGAUUGAGCGAUUUGCUGCUCUCUCAAGCCCAAUAAAGGGCCCAGGGAAUCGUGUAACCAAUAAUGAUUUGGUUAAAAUGAAGGACACGAACGCUGAUGUCAUUGAACUAUCUGACGAACCUACCCCAAAGCCGCGAAGGAUGCGGACUACUCAGACGUCUAUGGUGAAAAUUGAAGACGUUGACUCUGAUGCUCAGCGUCUCGUGAAGAAGGAAAAGGUGACCAAAGGGAAGGCUCGAGCGCUCGUUGAAGCCAUGGUUGUCGAUAGCGAUGGUGAAGAAUUAAAGCAUGAUCUGAAGCCCAAGAUCAAGGUGGCUGCACCUGAGAGCAAGACGUCCAAGCCCAAUUUCACAAAUGCUGACCUUCCACAUGGUGCCGUAUCAGGCAAUCGUUGGCGCGGUACGUUCAUCCCGACAUUCGCACGAUAUGUUGGUAGUCUUGAGGAUCCUUGGAACUUCGAUGAUGCCGAGAUUGUCAGAGUCCUCCAGUUAAUCUGGGACACUGUCUAUCAGUCUCCGGAGGUCAAAUACACUGUGAAAAAGGACGGUCCGGUUUUUUCUUUGGCGGAUCAACGCAUGAGCGAAUAUCGUGCAGGGUUCGGCAGUAGUGCACUCACGCACGUCGAAAAUUUCUUCAAGCAGAUGGAGGAUCUGAAGUGUUCACCUCAUGAACGUCAAAUUUUUGCGACGACUGUGCUUACAAACAACUGCUUUGCUUUUGAGGAUACAAUCAAACUCACGGGUCUUUUUCGCUCUCCACCUAUCUUAGAGACGCUUGCGUGGCAUUACACAUAUAUCAAGAAUGCGAUCAAUGUUCCGGGAUUGUAUGAGGAUGAUCAGAAUAUAGGAAUUGUCGGUGCAGUUGGACUGUCCGCUGCAGCUGUGGAACGCAUUCUCAUUCUCUGGAUGACUGGUGAUAUCCUACUGCAUGAUGAUGGCCCACCCACGAUACCGCUAAAGCUGAAUCCAUCGACGGGAAAGAAGUCCAACUAUUCCACAAACUUCGGUGACGCAACAUAUGGCUCGCAGACACGAGCAUAUGCAGUUUCUGCCCAGAAUUUGCCUGUAAAGAGGAUGGCGAAGCUCGUCAGACUGGCGCGCAACAUUGCAAACAGUACACCUAACCCUCACGUAGUCAGCAUUGCGAGCGAGGAGACGUCUAGUAACAAUCGCGCAAAUCUUGUGGACGCGGGGUCCGAUUCAGACUAG